GAAACCAAGACAGGACCCCAAGUCAGGAGGGGCCCUCCCAGCUCCCUACCCUUAGCUCUCUGGGGCCCCACCCACCCCCAGGCCUGACCUGCUGGGCCUCUGUGGCCCAGUGCUCUUGGAAGCCCAGGUCCUCUGCAUGCCUGCCCAUGUGCUGCCUGGGAUUCUGUUCCCACCACAUGGACCUGGGAACCUGUGUUGCCACCCCAUCCAGGAAGGUUCCGUGCUUCCCCAGAGGCCUCUGUCCCUCCACCUGAGGCCCCUACAGCCCAGGCCUCUGGGGGCUGUGGAGACAACAGUGCCUACUUCCCACCUGCACCCUGCCCUAGUCCAGCCCCCCAGAGGCCCCUUAUCCAGGCCUCUCUGAGACUCUGGAGCCCCUGGCAGGCCCUCCUGGUGCCCAGACCUGGGCCAGGGGAUGGAGGGCAUCUGUCCUGGCUGCCCCCAUUUUGAACAGGACCACGUUUUUGGAAUUGAGACGCCUCCCAGAACUCUCACUGAGGGGUCAGCCCUCAGUCCAGAUGCUUCCUUUACAGAGGAAAGAAAAGCCCAGAGCCUGCUAGCAGGUGCGGGAGGGAAGCAGGUGCAGGAUUGGGGCUGGCAGUGAAUGGAGUCUUCUCUGCACUCAGUGACAGGCAAGUUUCCAUUCCUGCCCCUCCGCAGCUCUCCUGGGCCCUGAUUGGCUCUGAGCAGCGUGCCCUUUGCCCUUUCCUCAGUGAGUCAGGUAUAACAGCACCCAGGGCCAGCUGGGCUCGGCCCCACGGAGGUCCCCGUCCAGGUGCCAGCGGGAGCCAGAAGGCAGGCAUGGCCCAGACACUCCACAAGUCCAGCGGCACCCUGAGGCCGCGGGACCCCAGGCGGGGAGAGGGGAUGCCGACCUCCGCGGUCCCGGACCUCGCUAUGGCGGGGGAGGCCCGGGCUGGCGGGGAUGCGGCGCUGCGCCGCCUCCUGAGGCUGCACCGCACUGAGAUCGCCGUGGCGGUGGACAGCGCCUUCCCGCUGCUGCACGCGCUUGCUGACCACGACGUGGUCCCCGAGGACAAGUUCCAGGAGACGCUGCGUCUGAAGGAGAAGGAGGGCUGCCCACAGGCCUUCCACGCACUCCUCUCCUGGCUCCUGACCCGGGAUGCAGCUGCCAUCCUGGACUUCUGGAGAGUUCUCUUCAAGGACUACAACCUGGAGAGAUACGCGCGGCUUCAGCCCGUCCUAGACAGCUUCCCCAAAGAUGUGGACCUCAGCCAGCCCCGGAAGGGGAGGAAGCCCCCUGCCGGCCCCAAGACCACAGUGCUGCCGCCCAGACCCCCCUCCAAGAGGAAGGCCUCGGAGGAGCCGCGCGCCGCCCCGGUGGCAGUGCUGUUGCCGAGGGGCACCUCCAGCCCAGCGGAGCCCUGCAGAGCAAGGGAAUCCACAGGCGGGAGACCCACCCCGCUGCUCUCCACCCCUGCGGCCACCUCGCCCCCUGCAGGCUCCCAAGGGAAGGCCAAGCCCUCCAAGAGGCCUGACGGAAACGCAGAGCCGCAGCGCCCCCCACUGGGGAACGGAAUUCAGACCAUGUCUGCUUCGGUCCAGAGAGCCGUGGCUGUGUCUUCUGGCGAUGUCCCAGGAGGCUGCGGGGCAGUGGAGGGCAUCCUCAUCCAGCAGGUGUUUGAAUCAGGUGGCUCCAAGAAGUGCAUCCAGGUCGGUGGGGAGUUUUACACUCCCAGCAAGUUUGAAGACCCUGGUGGGGCAAAGAACAAGACCCGCAGCAAUAGCAGUGGCCUGAAGACCCUGGUCCGAUCCAAGGGAACCCCAGCCUCUGCCCCAAGUGGAGGGGACCCACGGGCAGGUCAGCAGGGCAGGGUCCCAGCCCCUCUUGCCCUCCCCAGUGAGCCCCAGCUCCACCAGAAGAACGACGACGAGUGUGCCGCGUGCCGGGACGGCGGGGAGCUCAUCUGCUGCGACGGCUGCCCCCGGGCCUUCCACCUGGCCUGCCUGUCCCCACCACUGCAGCAGGUCCCCAGCGGGACCUGGAGGUGCUCCAGCUGCCUCCAGGGAAGAGUCCGGCGGGACCUGCCCCUGGCUGAGGAGCCCCAGCCCCAGGAGCGACCUGCAGAGGCCCCGGUCUUCCUGGGACUGAGGUUGGCAGGAGAGGAGGAGAGGCAACAGUCCAGGAAGCCACCAACUGGAAUGGACACUGCUGUCCCCUACAAGCACCUACUGGCCCCGCCUUCUGCAGCCCCGCUGCCAGUGCUGGAACCUUCGACCCUGUGCCCCCUGCUGUGUGUGGACCCCGAUGGGCAGCAGGGCCUGGCGCCUGGCGCGCGGUGUGGCGUGUGCGGGGACGGCAAGGACACGCUGCGGUGCGCGCACUGCGCGGCUGCCUUCCACUGGCGCUGCCACUUCCCCGCGGGCGACGGCCGGCCUGGGGCCAUCCCGCGCUGCUGGUCCUGCUCCGGAGACCCCGCCCCGACCCCCGAGGAGGGCGCGCCCGCCCCGAGACCUGCCGGCCUAGCUCCUGGGCCCGCCAAGGUAGGGGAUGAUUCUGCUGGUCACGAGCCAGUUCUGCACAGGGAUGACCUGGAGUCCCUCCUGAGCGAGCACAGUUUCGAUGGCAUCCUGCAGUGGGCCAUUCAGAGCAUGUCCCGCCCGCGGGCCGAGGCAGCUGCCUUCCCCUCCUGACCCAGGACAGCCGCAGCCUUCAGGGAGGCAUGGGAGUGGGUGGGGCGGCACCCACAGACGUGGCCAUCAGCGGAUGCCAGUGAGCGCCCACUCAUGCUCACAGCAACUCUGCUCGGAGAGGGACCGAGGGGGCCAUGGCUCCCUGCCCACCCUGCUGCCCUGGGAAGCUGGCCAGUCUGGGACCAGGAAGAACUGGAAAGUUCUAAAUGCUAUCAGUACUUGGCUUAUAGACACAGUCCUGCCCUUGCAGUGAUACAAGGCCAUCAUGUGCACUAAAAUUAAAAUCACUUAUUUGUGGUCUUUGA